GGAGAUGGUGGGUUUAGAGACAAAGACAGAAAAAAUGCAAGUUUUGCUUGACAUGAUAGCAUGCCCACCUAAAGACACAGUAAAAAAAAAUGGUGGGGGGAGCCCUAGAUCCAUCUUCGCAGGAAAAUCAACACAGGAGACACUGCGACAUAACCGGUUCAUCACGACAAAAUUAGCCACUCCACAACAUGUCUGACAAAUUCCAAGUGCUCGUUUGCGGGGGCGGCAAUGGUGCCCACGUGAUGGCCGGAUUAGCAGCCGCCAAACCUGACAUCGAGGCCAGAGUCCUCACACUCUUCGCUGAUGAGGCUGACCAGUGGUCAGAGAGCCUUAAAACCAACGACCUCACCGUACUCGUCAAAGGCUCUGAUGGUCAACCGGAUACUGCAAUAAAAUCCAAACCCAGUAUGGUGUCCAAAAAGCCGGAGGAGGUGGUACCAGGUUGCAAAAUGAUCAUCAUUGUUGUCCCGGCUUUUGCCCAUAACCUGUACUUGGAAGCUAUAAAACCCUACGUUGACCCUAAAUGUAUCAUACUAGGGGUCCCUGGACCAAGUUUCGACCACGCGGUCAGAGGAAUUUUGGGUGAAAAAGCCGAUACCGUGUUCAUUUUUGAAACGCUUCCAUGGGCCUGUCGGAUUAAGGAGUACGGGAAGGAAGUGGAGGUCCUUGGCAGCAAAGAAACUGUCUUAGUGGCCAUACAAGGUAGUUUGUCUACAGCCCCCAUUGGUCCUAUGGGGAAAAGCCCGGUGGAAACCCUCCAGUAUGUAUUGGGCGCCGCCCCGGUGCUUCACCUGGCGGGACAUCCCUUAUGCAUCACCUUAAUGGCCACACCUACACUUCAUUCUGCGAUCAUGUACGGCACGUGGACCAAUUGGGACGGCAAACCUUUGGAUAAAAUCCCGCUGUUCUACCAAGGGGUAAACGAAACCACAGCCCAGUUGAUCAGUGACCUGAGCGACGAAAAUCUCAAGGUGACAAAAGGUAUCAAACGUAAGCGCCCUGAUGUAGACUUGUCCCAAGUGAAGCACGUGUACGAUUGGUUCAUGACACGCUACACCAACGACGUCCAAGACAAGAGCUCUUUAAAGACAGUUCUACAAACGAACAACGCAUACGCAGGCCUAAAACACAGCAUGUUAGAGGUAGAACCAGGCAAAUUUGUACCAGAUUUUAGCCAUAGGUACAUUUCUGAAGACAUUCCCUUUGGGUUGGUGGUGACUAGAGGCGUAGCUGAGGUGGCAGGAAUAGAAACUCCAAUCAUGGACAAGAUUUUACUCUGGGCGCAAGAGAAACUGGGGAAAGAAUUUCUUGUAAAUGGAAAGAUGCAGGGAAAAGACAUCUAUUCAACUCAGUGUCCUCAGGCGUACGGCCUAAAAACUCUGGAUGAAGUUUUGGGGCACUGAACAUUGUGUGCCGCUUUAAAUAUAAUUAUCAC